UCAGUGUUGCCGUGGCAGUCGUGGGGUGUGGAGUUUUGCGCAAUGUCCUCCGAUCCGUGACACCAUGUGCGACCGUUUUGUGACCUCGUGUUGACCUGGCGUGACUCGCGGUGACCUCGUGAUCUUAUAAGGAACAAUUGUACAUAGCGUGAGCCCGUGUGCGUAAAUUCACGAAAGAAAACGGAAAAGAUAACAAAGAAAGUGGGAACAAAGAAAAUGUGAUCUCAAGUGAUUUAAGAAAGAAAUAAAGAUAAAUAAAGCGAGAGAAAAAGAGAGAGAGAGAGAGAUAAAGAAAAUACACAAAAUAACAAUGAUGAAAUAAGAAAAAUAAAAAAGAAAAUGUAAGAAGAAGAACAAGGAAGAAGAAGGAAGAAGAAGAAGAAGAAGAAGAGGAAGAGGAGGAGGAAGAAGAAAGAGAAGAUGAGAACUUGAGAGAGAGAGAGAGAGAGAGAGAGAGAGAGAGAGAGAGAGAGAGAGAGAGAGAGAGAGAGAGAGAGAGAGAGAAAUUUGCGAAUUCAAUUAAAGAAAAAAGAAAAAAAAGACGAAGAAGAAGAGGAAGAAGAAGAAGAAGAAGAAGAAGAAGAAGAAGAAGAAGAAGAAUGACAGUUCCCCCGUACGAGAUGAGUCCAAGAAAAGAGGAAGAGGAGGAGAAAGAAGAACAGGAAGAACAAAAACAACAAAUAGAGGAAAAGAAGAAGAAGGAAGAGGAGGAGGAGGAGGAGGAGGAGGAGGAGGAGGAGGAAGAGGCAUUUGAACUAGAAGAGAAGAGGAAACUGAAUGAAAACAAAGUGAUAUUAAGAGGAAGAAUAGAAGGAAGAGAUGAAGAGGAAGGAAGAGGAGGAGGAGGAGGAGGAGGAGGAGGAGGAGGAGAAGAGGAAGUCUUCCCCACCCCCCCAGAUGGAGGGUGGGGGUGGAUGGUCGUCUUUGCCUCCUUCAUGAUCCACGUCCUAGCUGAUGGGUUUACAUACACCUUUGGGAUCUAUUUCGUCCAGUUAGUACAAUAUUAUGAUGCCACAGCUGCUGCUACCUCCUGGAUCGCCUCUAUACUGGUGGGCGUUACACUGGGUUCAGGCCCCAUCGCAGGCAUUCUGGUCAACAAGUUCGGGUGCCGUGUGGUGACCAUUGCAGGGGCGCUCCUUGCCUCCGCCGCCCUCUUCUCCUCCAUCGCGGCGCCCUCCGUGGAGACCCUCUACGUCACCAUAGGCCUGGGCGCCGGGUUGGGCUUCGGUCUGAUCUACCUGCCAGCCAUCGUAUGUGUUACCUGUUACUUUGAGAAGCGCCGUUCCUUUGCUACGGGUAUUGCUGUGUGUGGAUCUGGCAUUGGGACCUUCGCCUUCUCGCCCCUGGUGGAGUACCUGAUCAAUGAAGUCAGCUGGCAAAACUCCCUUAUCGUUAUAUCCGGCAUCAUGCUUAACUGCGUUGUGUUCGGGGCCUUGUUCCGCCCCCUGGAGGUCGACGCCGCGCCCCCACCGCCCCCAACGCCUGACGAGGGACUACAGAUGCGUCCCCCGACCCUCCUAGAGCCGUCCAACCCUGCCACGCCUGAUCCUUGUGCCCCUGCAACGCCCACUGGUGAAAUGAUGCCUCAAGUGAUCAUUAAUCCAGACACCCUGCCACUUCCGCCUCUCUCUGUCAAAAGGCUGAGCCUAGACAGACUUCGCAAAAACUUCAGUGACAUCAACCUGCGGGGGUCGGGGGGCGGGGCGUCCCACCUGCCGCGCCGCCUGCUGCACCACCACAACAACAGCAUCCCCCGUGUGGGUUCCGCAGGGGCCAUCGACCCCCUGGACCCCCUCAUCAAGACUGCCGUGUCCCAGCCUUUGCUGCCGAGCCCAGGAGGGGGGCGCCUGCAGCUCAAGGGGGGCGGCAGCCUGCCCCCCUCGCACCACGGAUCUGGCCUUCUCUACAGAAAGGACAUCUUCUACAGGGGCUCCCUCCUCAACAUUCCCUCCUACAGGCAGGACCCGGGCAGCUACAGGGCCUCGAUGGUGAGACUGCCUGACGAAGAGACCCCGAGCGAGGCUGAGAAGGCCAAGGUGUGUGGGUGCGUGCCGUGUAGUAGGGAGACGAGGGACGCCAUCACGAGCCUUAUGGAUUGGGGUCUACUCACUGACGGCAUCUUCAUUCUGUUCGCGAUAUCCAACUUCUGUACAUCUAUAGGAUUCAAUGCCCCUUAUGUGUUUGUUGUGGACAGGGCGCGGCACUUCGGCAUCCCAGACAGUCCAUCGUCUUUCCUUCUCGCUGUAGUGGGCAUCUCCAACACUAUUAGCCGCAUAGUGCUGGGCUACAUAUCAGACCAGCCUUGGGUUAACCGCCUGUAUCUUUACAACGUGGCGCUCACCCUCUGUGGUCUAGGAACAUGUGGCAGUAUCUGGUUCACCUCCUAUAGCUCCCAGAUCUUCUAUGCUGCGGUGUUUGGGGCGACGUCAGGGGCCUACGUGGGGCUGACGUCUGUGGUGCUGGUCGACCUGCUGGGAAUGGAACGCCUCACUAACGCCUU